GUUCAUUGUUGUUUCUCUCGCAUUAUCCACGGUUGGUAGAAGGAUAUUUGCUCUACGGAUGUAAUUGAUCAAGUAUACAGCGAAAGACGGUGGUGAUCUACGGUUGCUCUCUUUUAUUCUUUGUUUCCGUAUCUGCUGCUGUUCAUGUUGGAAAAUUUCGUGUAUCAGGGAGCCUGGCAUCAGGGCAAAAAAUAUAGGGAAAAAAUUUAUGAAAAAUUAUCUACAUCAAGGGACAUUUAUAUAUGGAAUAGAGCACCAAGGUUUCGCUGUAAUGCCGCCAAAACAGAAGAAACAGAAGGAACUUGUGCAGGAUGAGCGUCUACAGGCAAUUGUCCUGACGGACUCUUUCGAGACCCGUUUUAUGCCCUUGACGUCUGUCAAGCCUCGAUGUCUACUGCCAUUGGCAAACGUGCCUCUCAUUGAAUACACUCUGGAGUUCUUAGCGAAGGCCAACGUCAAUGAGGUGUAUUUCAUGUGCUGCUCACACGCAGACCAGAUCCAGGAGUACAUCGAACAGUCGAAAUGGAGCACGUCGGGGUCGCCAUUCAAGGUGCAGACCAUCAUGACGCUAGAGUCCAGAUCCGUUGGUGACGCGAUGAGAGACCUGGACAACAGAGGCUUAAUCACCGGUGACUUCCUGCUCGUUUCCGGUGAUAUGGUGACAAACAUACAAUUUGAUAAAGUCAUGGAGGCUCACAAGGCAAGAAGAGCCGUGGAUAAAGAUCACAUCGCCACCAUGGUGUUGACACAGGCUAGUGCAUUGCACAGAACGAGAUCUCAUGCUGAGCCUGCUGCCUUCAUCCUCGACAAGAAGAACGAUAGGUGUCUGUAUUAUCAGGAUAUCCCAGCUGCAGAUGGUAAGAAAUCAUCGAUAUCCAUUGAUCCUGAAAUCUUGGAGGGAGUUGAUGAAUUCGUCGUUAGAAACGAUCUGAUAGACUGUCACGUUGAUAUCUGCUCACCGCAUGUCCCAGCAAUUUUCCAAGAGAACUUUGAUUACCAAUACCUCAGAAAGGAUUUCGUCAAGGGUAUUCUAUCAUCUGAUAUUCUGAAGAAGACGAUCUACGCGUACAUCACAGACAGUUACGCGGCCAGAGUGGAGAGUUGGCAAACUUACGAUGCCAUCUCUCAGGACAUAUUGGCAAGAUGGGCAUACCCUGUUUGCCCAGACUCCAACUUUUUGGAGAACCAGUCCUAUUCCUAUGAAGGUAAGCACGUCUAUAAGGAGAAGGACGUCAUACUCGCACAGUCCUGUAAGAUCGGUGCAUGUACCGCAAUUGGCUCCAACACGGUAAUUGGUAACUUGACGACAAUUGAAUCCUCUGUGAUUGGAAGAAACUGUAAAAUUGGUAACAACAUUGUCAUCAAGAACUCUUACAUCUGGGAUAACUCUGUCAUCGGUGAUAACACCGUAUUGGAUCAUGCUAUUGUUGCCAGUAACUGUACCGUUGGCAAGAACGUACUGUUGGACAAGGGUUCUGUGUUGGGAUUCAACGUUACUGUCACGGAUUCUCAAGUAGUCCCAAGAGACAUCAGAAUCUCUGGUAAAUUCGUCGAGGCUGGUGAGCCGAACUUUGAUGAAAGUGAUUCAAAUCUUGAAGAAGAUCACACGGUUGCAUAUGACUACGUUGGUGAAAAUGGUAUUGGCUACUUGUACGAAUCCGAGUACUCAGACACCGACGAUGAAGCUUCAAAGCCUGUGAACUCGUUGAUGUACCAGAUGGGUGCAUUGGCGUUGUCCGACGAAUCCAUUGCAUCAACUUCACAGAAUGCCGUGAAGCAUAAGAAGAAGAGAACCUUCUCUACAAACUCAGUGGCGACCGCUACGGACCAUGAAGAUGAAGAUUUCGAAAAGGAAGCCAUCGCAACCGUGGUGCGUGCGCUGGAGAACAACCACGACCUCGACACGGCCCUUUUGGAGCUGAACACACUGAGAAUGAGUAUGAACGUGACGUAUCAUGAGGUGAGACACGCAACGCUGUUUGCUCUCCUGGGAAGAGUAACGCAUUUCAUCGAGACCGGCACCUUGAACGCCAAGGAGGCCACCGACAAAGUGUUCAAGCAAUGGAGCGCUCUCUUCAAGAGACAGGUGUUUGACGAAGAGGAGGAAGUUGACCUCUUGGAAAUUGCAAACAAGCUGACUAGAUCCAGAGAGAAGGGCAAACAGAUCUUGCUCUAUGUCAUCUCCAUCUUCUACGAUAUGGAGAUUGUCUCUGAAGAGUCCAUCCUAAAAUGGUACAACUCAAGCGACGUGGACAACGAAUACGUUGCCAAGUUCGUACAAUGGUUAGAAGAAGCGGAGGAGGAUUCUGAAGAAGAAUCUGAUUAGCUCUGUUAAUGAAUAACUUGUCUUCUCUGCUCAGACGGGCCUUUAGUCGUUGUAGUUCCUACCCGUGCGUCCCCGGCUCAGGGCCUAGCGGCUAUACGUGAAAACCCGUAGCGGGCGCUCUUCCACCACACAGACCUUAAGCACGGUGCCUAAGCAGACACACAUAGAGAG